ACGAACAGAGAGACGUAAACUGCGUUACCGGCAAGAUAAGAGGGGGAAUUCGUAGCUGCUUCGUUCUUGCCUCCCAAAAACCUUCGCAAGGCACGGUUCGUGUCACAAAACAAGAUGAACUGGAUUCCGCUAUUGUUUCUGCUGUGCGGGUAUUGUCAAGGUUCCUCUGAUACCUCAAUAAAACAAAACAGAACGAGACGCACGGUGUAUCCGGUUUGGAAGCCUCCGGCAGACAAGGCUUACGAGUUAUGUGGACUUGACUUGAGAGACCAUGAAAAAUGCAAGCUGCCGCCAUGGUGCGCUGGAGGCCGUGGCCGGUGCUGUCGUGGAGAGUGCAUCUGCCCAACAAGGUUCAACCCGUGCUCCUCACUGCCGGAAACAAACACCAGGGCGCCCACGGCGACAACUAAACGAAGGGGGCUGUGCAUGCGGGAUUGCGCGUUGAACUGCUACAAAGCAUGCCACUAUGGCAGGCAGAAUGGUCGUUGCGAGCGGACGCGUGACUCGUGCACUCCUGCCUCUAAUUUCACCGAACCCCGACAUUUCGACCGGAUCCCCCAGAUUUCCGUUGCAUCGCGAACGUACGACGCAUGCAAAGAUAAAUGUCACGCUGCAUGUCUUACGGGAUGUGCUCGCCGUUGAAAGCACCCGAAAAAUUGUGCGGGCGCAUCACACUUUAUGUAAUAAAGAUGCAUAUGGUGCCUCACUUUA